GGGUGGGGUGACGUAUAUAAUCGACCUCACUAUUACGAACAAACCCGACUUGUGUUGAAAAUCGCACAGUAAAAGCGACUGCAGACAGUGUGUAACUUUUUUCCUAUCACUGUAAUUAUUAUUAUUAAUAUUAAUAUUAUUAUUAUUAGGGGUGUCCGUUUAUUAUUGCCCGGGUGAGAUGUUUUUAAUCGCGAUUAGGACCAGUCGUGGCAAUACUAGGAUGCCUCAAUUAGCCACCGCGUUGUGGCAUUUUUUAAUCCGUUUGUGAAGCAGCAAAUUUGGAGGGGUGUGCGUUUGAUUUAUUUAGUCCUGUGGAGGAGGAGGAGGUGGUGGAGGAGGAGGUAGAAUAUUUGGUUCUCCUUUUUUUUUUUUGUGUGAGUUUGACGUUGCAAUAUUAUUACCCAGCAAGUAAUGCUGGAUAAUAAUGAAAAUAAGGAUCCGGUAAUGAUGGAGGAUCAACCAUUGGACAUUAUUACAGCCAUAUGAGUUAGUUUAGCGACUACAAGGCCUCUUCUGGAGUCCCUCUCUCCUCUUUUUUUUCAUUUUUUCACUCCCUUUCUCCAAAAAAGAAAACACACGAGAGAGAGAGAGGAGGGGAAUAACGUGAGGAAAAGGAGAGACGUGAAAAGAAAAGACUAUUUAUUAUUUUAAAUAAAGAACAAGGAUUUUUUUUUUUUUUUGGUGGUGUUUAUUAUUAUUAUUAUUAUUAUUUGUUGUUAAUUUGUGGAAAAUGGCCGAUAAUGUUUUGGAUCCCGGUCCGCCUUCUGCUAAGCGGCCUAAACUCUCUUCCCCGGCGCUGUCGGUCUCCGCGAGCGACGGAACAGAUUUCGGCUCCCUGUUUGACCUGGAGCACGACCUCCCUGAUGAGCUCAUCAGCUCCACGGACCUGGGUCUCCAGAACGGGUCGGACCUGAGUCAGCUGCACACGAGUCUGGGUCAGGCCGUCCCGCUCGACGCGGCCUCCAAACACAAGCAACUCUCGGAGCUCCUGAGGGCCAGCAACGCCUCGAACCUGGGGCCCAGCCAGGGAGGGGCCAACAACAGCAGCAACACAACGGCCAUGGGUCUCCUCAAUAACAUUAAACCGGGCUUGAGCCAGCAAGGGAUGCUGGGAGGGAUGACCUCAGCCAUGAUGGCCGGGCAGGCUGGGAACGGACAGCAGCAGCAGCAGCAGCAGCAAGGGAUGAUGGGAGGUCAGGUGAUGAACGGUUCCCUGGCUGCACCCCCUGCUGGCGGAGCUGGGAGAGGCCGGCCCGGGAUGGCGUACCCCUCGAACGCGGGCGGUGGAAUGGGGGCCGGGAAUAACCUGCUGGCAGAGACGCUGCAACAAGGAGCCAGGGGCCCGCAGCCAGGGGCCAUGAACAAGAUUGGUAUGAUGGGAUCCGCGGGUCCCUACGGCUCCCCCUACGGACAGAACUCGACCCAGCAGCUUGGCGCCGGGGGAUUGGGCCCUCAGAUGCAGGGCAAAGCGGGCCUGCCCAACAACUUGACCCAGUUUGGGAUGGAGAAGAAACAGACGGUCACUGCUGGCAUGCCAAACAUGACUCCUCAGCAGCCCCUGCAGGUGACGGGCGGGGGGAUGGCUCCAGGCCCCCCCGGCGCUCAGGGCAUGGGCGUGGCCGGGGUGGCGCCCCCCACAGCCGACCCGGAGAAGCGCAAGCUGAUCCAGCAGCAGCUGGUGCUGCUCCUGCACGCUCACAAGUGCCAGCGGAGAGAGCAGGCGAACGGGGAGAUGCGCCAGUGCAACCUGCCUCACUGCCGAACCAUGAAGAACGUGCUCAACCACAUGACUCACUGCCAGGCUGGCAAGUCCUGCCAGGUCGCACACUGCGCCUCGUCCCGUCAGAUAAUCUCUCACUGGAAGAACUGCACCCGACACGACUGCCCGGUCUGCUUACCACUGAAGAACGCAGGGGAUAAGAGGAACCAGCAAUCUCUCCUCUCCUCUGCGAUGGGUCUGGGUAGCACUCUGGGUUCGGUCGGAGGGGGGCAGCCCAAUCAGCCCAGUCUGAACCCCCCCAGUCAGAUCGACCCCAGCUCCAUCGAGCGGGCCUACGCAGCCCUGGGGCUCACCUACCAGGGCAACCAAGUGCAGACCCAGUCUCCCCAGGUACAGGGAGCAGGACAACAGCCAGGCCAGAGCAUGCAGGGCCAGCAAGCCAUGAGGCCGAUAAACACCAUGGGAGGGAGUCCGAUGGGGGUGAAUGGAGGGGUCGGAGUUCAGUCACAGAACCCACAGUCCAGCCUCCUGUCUGAUUCUAUGUUGCAUUCUGCGAUGAAUUCUCAAAAUCCCCUGAUGGGUGAUGUCACUGGGGUUGGUAGCAUGGGCUCCUUGCCCACCGCGGCGCCCCCCUCCAGCACGGGCAUCAGGAAAUCCUGGCAUGAAGACAUCACCCAGGAUCUGAGGAACCACCUCGUCCACAAACUUGUUGUGUUUCUGGUGUUCAGAGUGCAGGCGAUCUUCCCCACUCCGGACCCCGCUGCUCUGAAGGACCGCCGCAUGGAAAACCUCGUGGCCUACGCCCGGAAAGUGGAGGGAGACAUGUACGAGUCCGCCAACAGCAGGGCGGAGUAUUACCAUCUCCUCGCUGAGAAGAUCUACAAGAUCCAGAAGGAGCUGGAGGAGAAGCGAAGGACGCGACUUCAGAAGCAGGGUGUGAUGCCAGGGAUGACUCCGGGUCCUUCCCCGAAUGGUCCGCUCCCAGACCCCUCCAUGAUUCGCCCCAACUUGCCAAACCAGAUGAGCAGAAUCCAGACUCAGCCCGGGAUGAACCAGUUUGGUCAGAUGAACCUGCCGUCUCUUAGCCAGAGAUCCACACCGCCUCUCCAACAGCACCAGGGACCGCUGACCCAGCCAGGAGCCCUGAACCAGAUGGGUAUGGGGGGUGCGCGGAUGGCCCAGCCCGCAGUGGGUCAGAUGCAGAACCAGAACCAGUACCUCCCGUCGGCCCAGUUCACAGGAGCCUCUCCAGGGAUGAACUCCAACAGCGUGGGUCUGACUCCACCCAACAGCCAGGCCUCCAUGAACCAGACUCAGCUGUCUAACUCCUCCCUCUCUGUGCACAGUCCUGCCGGGUCAGUGGGCUCCCUGGGUCCAGGCAGCGUGGGACCCCCAAGCCAAGGAAACUCCCAAAUGCACUGCCCCCCGUCGAUACCCCAAGCCCCUCUCCGGCAGAACUCCCCUUCCCCUGCCCGCUCCCUCACCCCCACCCCUCACCCCACCCCUCCCGGCCUGGGACCCCCCGGAGGAUCGCAGACCCCCCGGGCGCAAACCCCAACCCCCCCACAGAGCGCGCGGCCCCCCUCCGUGCCCCCUCCCCCUCCCCACCCCCCUCAAUCUCAAUCUCAACCCCAGCAGCAGCAGCAGCAGCAGCAGCCAUCUCAGCCCUCUCCCGCACAUCCCCUGCAAGGAGCCUCCCACUCUCUAGGGGCAGCGAUGAGCGAGAAGCAGCAGCAGCAUCAGCAUCAUCAGAAUGCCAUCAACAGCUCCGUCGCCGCGGCGACCGCUCAGCCAAUGCAGUCGCAUCAGCACCCCAGGACUCCACUGUCUCAGAAAUCCGCGGUGACCGGUGACGGGCUGACCUCAAACCCGGCCUCCGCCUGCAGCGCCGACGCCAGCUCCCAGCAGCCCCCGCCCGACCCCGCGCCGCACGAAGGGAAGAUGGAGGUCAAGCAGGAAGAGGAGGAGGAAGAGGAGGGGCCGGGGGCGGAGCUUGGCGGAGUCAAACAGGAAGCGAAGCCAGAGGUGAAGGAGGAUUUGGGCCCAGCGGAGGACAGCAAGCCCGAGCCCAUGGACUCUUCAUCCUCCUCCUCCUCUUCCUCCUCGGAGGACAAGAAGCCCGAGUUGAAGCUGGAGCCCCGAGAGGAGGAGGGAGGGGAGGGGCCGGGCACCCCCGCCCCCCAGACCUCCCCCAGCCCCGGCCAGAGCAAGAGGAAAAUCUUCAAGCCGGAGGAGUUGCGUCAGUCUCUCAUGCCCACUCUGGAGGCUCUGUACAGGCAGGACCCCGAGUCUCUGCCCUUCCGCCAGCCUGUGGACCCCCAGUUACUGGGAAUACCCGUACGUAUUCGAACUAGUAACCGCACUAACCUGGAUUAUUUCGACAUUGUGAAGAACCCCAUGGAUCUGUCCACCAUCAAACGCAAGCUGGACACGGGGCAGUAUCAGGAGCCGUGGCAGUACGUGGACGAUAUCUGGCUCAUGUUUAACAACGCCUGGCUGUACAACCGGAAGACCUCCCGGGUCUACAAGUACUGCUCCAAGCUAGCGGAGGUCUUUGAGCAGGACAUCGACCCCGUCAUGCAGGGGCUGGGGUACUGCUGCGGGAGGAAGCUGGAGUUCUCUCCUCAGACGCUGUGUUGCUACGGGAAACAGCUGUGUACGAUCCCGCGAGACGCAGCCUAUUUCAGCUACCAGAACAGUUCACCCAAAUAUGGCCUUAUUGCUGACAGGUAUCACUUCUGUGAGAAGUGUUUCAACGAAAUCCCGGGGGAGACGGUGGCGCUGGGAGACGACCCGUCCCAGACGCAGACGACAAUAGGCAAAGAUCAAUUUGAAAAGAAAAAGAACGACACACUGGACCCUGAACUGCUUGUUGAAUGUACUGACUGUGGGCGCAAAAUGCACCAAAUCUGCGUCCUUCAUAACGAGACAAUCUGGCCAGCAGGCUUUACUUGCGAUAACUGUCUGAAGAAAGCCGGCAAAACGAGAAAAGAGAACAAAUACGCAGCGAGAAGCAAGUGGAGGCUCCCCCAGACGAAGCUGGGCAGCUUCCUGGAGACGCGGGUCAACGACUACCUGCGACGGCAGAACCACCCCGAGUCGGGCGACGUGACGAUCCGCGUGGUGCACGUGUCGGACAAGGUGGUGGAGGUGAAGCCCGGCAUGAAGUCCAGGUUCGUGGACACCGGGGAGAUGGCGGAGUCCUUCCCCUAUCGGACGAAGGCUCUGUUUGCCUUCGAGGAGAUCGACGGAGCAGACGUCUGCUUCUUCGGGAUGCACGUGCAGGAGUACGGAUCGGACGCGCCUUCCCCUAACCAGAGGCGGGUGUACAUAUCAUACCUGGACAGUGUUCAUUUCUUCCAACCCCGAUGCCUCAGGACGGGCGUCUACCACGAGAUUCUCAUUGGCUACCUGGAAUACGUCAAGAAACUGGGUUACACGACGGGUCACAUCUGGGCCUGCCCCCCCAGCGAGGGGGAUGACUACAUCUUCCACUGCCACCCGGCCGACCAGAAGAUCCCCAAACCCAAGCGGCUGCAGGAGUGGUACAAGAAGAUGCUGGACAAGGCCGUGUCCGAGCGCAUCGUGCACGACUACAAGGACGUGUUCAAGCAGGCCACGGAGGACCGGCUGACCAGUGCCAAUGAGCUGCCCUACUUCGAGGGGGACUUCUGGCCAAACGUGCUGGAGGAGAGCAUCAAGGAGCUGGAGCAAGAGGAGGAGGAGAGGAAGAGAGAGGAGAGCAGCACGAGCAACGAGAGCACCGACGUGAAUAAGGGCGACAGCAAGAACGCCAAGAAGAAGAACAACAAGAAGACGAGCAAGAACAAGAGCAGCUUGAGCCGCGCCAUCAAGAAGAAACCGGGCAUGCCCAACGUGUCCAACGACCUCUCCCAGAAACUCUACGCCACCAUGGAGAAGCACAAAGAGGUGUUCUUUGUGAUCCGGCUGAUCGCGGGCCCCACCCUGAACUCGCUGCCCCCCAUCGUGGACCCGGACCCCCUGAUGGCGUGUGACCUGAUGGACGGGCGGGACGCGUUCCUCACGCUGGCGCGGGACAAGCACCUGGAGUUCUCCUCGCUGCGGCGGGCCAAGUGGUCCUCCAUGUGCAUGCUGGUGGAGCUGCACAACCAGAGCCAGGACCGCUUCGUCUACACCUGCAACGAAUGCAAGCACCACGUGGAGACGCGCUUCCACUGCACCGUGUGCGAGGAUUACGACCUGUGCAUCACCUGCUACAGCACCAAGCGCCACGAGCACAAGAUGGAGAAGCUGGGUCUGGGUCUGGACGACGAGAGCGGCAGCUCCGCCUCCGCCUCCACCCAGAGCCCCGGAGACUCCCGGCGCCUCUCCAUCCAGCGCUGCAUCCAGUCCCUGGUGCACGCCUGCCAGUGCCGCAACGCCAACUGCUCCCUGCCUUCCUGCCAGAAGAUGAAGAGGGUGGUGCAGCACACCAAGGGCUGCAAGCGCAAGACCAACGGGGGCUGCCCCAUCUGCAAGCAGCUCAUCGCCCUCUGCUGCUACCACGCCAAGCACUGCCAGGAGAACAAGUGCCCCGUGCCUUUCUGCCUCAACAUCAAGCACAAGCUGAGGCAGCAGCAGCUGCAGCACCGGCUCCAGCAAGCGCAGAUGCUGAGGAGGAGGAUGGCCAGCAUGCAGAGGGUGGUGGGGGCCGGAGCUGUGACCGGGACAGGAGCGGGACAGCCCCCCCCUCCUCCUCCUCCUCCCUGUUCCUCUUCGUCAUCGUCAUCCUCUUCGUCGCAGCAGGGGUUGCCGUCCCCGGGGGGCGUGGCUCCCACCACGCCGACCAGCACCCAGCCCCCCACCCCUCAGACUCCCUCGCAGCAGAUGCAGACCCCUGGUCAGCUCACCCCACAGCACGGGGGUUUACAGCAACAGCAAAUGCCCCAACAGCUGCAGCAGCAGCAGCAGCAGCAGCUCCAGACUCCACAGCAAGCCCAGAUCCCACCCAACAGCCUCCCUCCUUACGGCCGGCCCCCUGGUCAGCUUCACUCCCAGGGCAAGCCCGGGCUUGGGCCAGCCACCCCUCCCCACCAGCCCCAGUCUCAACCCCAACCCCAGCAGCAGCAGCAGCAGCAGGGGCAAGGAGGAGGAGGAGGAGGUGGAGGAGGCGCGCCUCCUCCUGGCCCUCCUCCAGCGGCCGUGGAGAUGGCCAUGCAGAUCCAGAGGGCGGCAGAGACGCAGAGGCAGAUGGCCCAGGCUCAGAUCUUUCAGAGGCAGGCGGCAGCGGCGGCUGCAGCCAUGAGCAACCCGCACCACCAGAUGGGGGGCCCCCCCCAGCCCGGAGCCGGGGUCCAGCCUGGUGGGAUGGGAGGCGGCGGCGGUGGGGGGGGAGGCAUGAAUCACCCUUCCCUGCCCUCGCAGUCUCCGGCUGCCGCGGCGGCAGCGGCCGCAGUAGCUGCCAGGGUUCACCUGGAACAGCAGGGGCUGGCGGUGGGGCAGCAAGUGAUGCCCCAGUCGGUGGCGCAGCAGCAAAUGCAAGUGCAGCAGCAAAUGCCCCAGCAGCAAAUGCCCCAGCAACAGCAGCAGCAGCAGCAGUGGGUUAGCCAGCAAUUGCAGCAGCAGCAGCAGCAGCAACAAAGACAGGCAAUGUUACUUCAGAUGGGACACCCGUCUCUACAACAACAGCAGCAGCAGCAGCAGCAACAGAUCCAGCAGCAACAGAUCCAGCAGCAGCAGCAGCAAGUUGGGGCUCAAACCGUGGGUCCGAACCGGGGUACCCACCCCCAGGCCGCCCUCCAGGACCUGCUCCGGACCCUGCGUUCCCCCAGCUCCCCCCUCCAGCAGCAGCAAGUCCUCAACAUCCUCCGCUCAAACCCGCAGCUCAUGGCUGCCUUCAUCAAGCAGAGGGCAGCCAAGUACCAGGGAGGAGGAGGAGGAGGAGGAGGAGGGGCGGGACCCGGACCGGGAGGGGGACAGCAGCAGCAGCAGCAGCCUCCCAAUCAAAUGCACCCUGGGCAAGGAGGUGGUCCCGGAGGGGUGGUGGGAGGGCUGCCUAAUAUGAGCCAGCUUCAGCAGCAGCAGCAGAUGCAGAGGGCUGUGGUGGGAGGCAUGGCAGCCCAACAGCAAGUAGUGAACCAGCAGCAGCAACAACAGCAGCAGCAGCAGCAAGUAGUGAACCAGCAACAGCAACAAGUGCAACAGCCAGGGAUGGUGGGAGGAGGAGGAGGAGGAGGGCAGCCAAUGAACAUCAACCACCCAGCGAUGAACCCGCAGUACAGGGAGCUGCUAAUGCGACGGCAGCUCAUGCAGCAGCAGCAGCAGCAUCAACAACAACAACAACAACAAGCUGCGGCUGCAGCAGCCGCCGCUGCAGCUCAGCAGCAGAUGAGCAACCACGCACAGUUCCAGCAGCCCGCAGGGUACCAGCAGCAGCAGCAGGUGCAGCAGCAGCAGCAGCAGCAGGUGUACGGGGGUCAGAACGCAGUCACUCAGCAACAGGUUGCAGCAGCAGUGCAGCAACAACGCAUGCAGCAGCAGCAGCAACACCACUUACAGCAGCUGCAGCAGCAGCAGCAGCAGCAGCAAGGGUCGUUGGUGGCAAUGCAGCAGCAGCAGCAGCAGCCAGGGGGCGAUGUUUCUCAACAGCAGCACGUUCUACAGCAGAGGCUACUUCAUCAGCAGCAGAUGGGAGGCAGUCCAGUCCACCACAGCAACCCCAUGAGCCCCCAGCAGCAGCAGCUGUCCCAGUCUCCACACCUCCAGGGCCAGCCCCUGCCUUCCUCGCUCAGCCACCAAGUGCGCUCCCCCCAGCCCGUGCCCUCCCCCCGGCCCCAGUCGCAGCCCCCCCACUCCAGCCCCUCCCCCCGCAUGCAGCCCCAGCCCUCCCCACAUCACGUCUCCCCUCAGACGGGCUCCCCACACCCCGGGCACCACCCGACUCACCCGGCCCACAUGGUGGUGCCUCAGCAGCAGCUGGGAAACUCUAUGGAUCAGGGUCCGUUCGGGUCGUCGGAACAGAACCCCAUGCUGAUGAACCCGGGGAUGGGGGGGAUGCAAGGGGGGGCCAGCGGACAGGACAUGUGUGCGUCGAAUAACCCGGAUAUGGGCCAGAACAUUUCUCACAGUACACUAGACAUGUUGUAGCAUUGCUUUUUAUUAUUAUAAUAAUUAUUAUUAUUAUUAUUAUUUUUUUUUUUCUAUUUAAUUUUUCACACAAGCGCAUACGUACACAGGCCUUCCUGUGGGUGUUUGAAAACCAUGCAGAAAAUAAAUGAUGUUUAUUAUUAUUAUUAUUAUUAUUAUUAUUAAAAGGAAGGACAAUUUUCAAUCUCCUCUCCCUCACCCCUCCAAGAAUGAUGACAGUUCUAAAAUAUAUAUGCUUUUCUUUUUAAAAUGAAAAGGCAAAAACAUUAAACUGUGUGGAUUUUUUUAUGAUUAAUAUUGAGUUUUGGUUUUUUUUUCUUAACAGAAACGAUAUCAACGUUUAAAAUACCAGCCCUCAAAGUGUGCUUGGAUGAUCAGAUUCAAAGAGAAUACUAAGGGAUAGCUGACUGUACAAAGAAUAUAUUUUUGUUAAAACGACAGAGAUUAAAAGAAAAAAAAAGGUGGUGGUUGGGAGGGGGAGGCUGCUUUUAAACCUAUCUUGAUUUAAAUAAACUGUAUAAUUUUCUGCGUUUUUCAGUAGCCUGGGUUUUCUUGUUUAAAGGUUUCAUUGCUGGUUUAACACCAUUUUUUUGGUUUUGUUUUAUAUAUAUUUAUAUAUAUAUAUAUUUUAUUUUUACAUGCAAAUGUCUUUGUAAGUCUGCCCUGUCCAAUUCUUAAUAACGGAUGUGAAAUAAUAAGUGGUUUGCUUGCUGUGGGGAGUAUGUAUGGAUAUCCCAGAAGGACCUGGGAGGGUUGGGAAAACGUGGGGUACCCAAAAAGACUGUAAAGAACUUUUACGAACCCCCCCCCCCCCCAAAAAAAAAGCCCACCCCUGUCCCUCCCCCUCUUUCUUGCAUUCUCUCAAAUGAGUAUUUUUCAAUUAACUUUAAAAGGGUCUCUCUCUCUCCCCGGUUUUAAAUUUUUCGGUGAACUUUAAGCCAACACACGGACUGAUUUUUCUACUUUUUCGAUGACCUAUAUGAACCUUUUUUGAGUAUUUAAAAAAAAAAAUUAAAAAAAAAAGCCUGUACAGAUUUAAAUAAGGAUACAAACUACUUCUGUUUCGUUUUUUGUUUUUUUAAUUUUUUUUUUUGUUUGCACAUAUACACCCAAAAACAACAUGGAAAUGAUAAUAAUAAUAAUAACAAUAAUAAUUAAAAAAUAAUAAUUCAAGAACAUUUGGGCAGCUGCCAGAAAAAAUAAAUGGAUUAUUUUUUUAAUUUUUUUUUUUUUAUAUAUAUAUACAAAAAAACUAAAACAUCUCUCUCCGGAUCUGUGAACAUGAGGAGGAGAAAAGGACAACUGUUUUUUGUUUUUUUUCCCUUAUCUGGAUUGGCCUCGGAUCGUUUUUCAUGAAGACGGAAUGUGUAAUGAGAAGGGCCACAGUUUAAGCAGACAGGACGGGCCCCUGUGUGUGUGUCUCUCUGGUGUGGUGGAGAAGUGGGGGGGGGAAAGACUUCAGUGGGACAAAAAUGGACCCUCCAGCAGGAACUUUUGUCCCCCUGCCCUCUCCCUCUUUAUCUGGGAUCUCUCUCGCUCUCUCGCUGUCUGCUACAGACUUGGAUUGAAACUACAGUCAAACUUGAAAGUCCGAAAAGGGGAGGCAGAACGACAAAAACACACACGACACGACCCCCUUUAUGUCUUUGUUCCGAUUUCCCUCUUCUGAGAAAAUGUUGUACAUCAUGCAAUUUUGAUUCUUGUUAUUAUUAUUAUUAUUAUUGUUAUAUAUAAAUAUGGAAGUACUUUGGAUCACUGUAUAGAAUCUUAUGAUUUGUAUUUUGUUUCUGAUCUAUUGUUAAUAAAAAAUGUGUGAGACUUU